GUAGGCUGGAAGACUGUGGGAGGAACUCAGACCUGACUGACCGCUGCAAUGGCACUUCAGCUGCUUUCUGCUCUGUGCUCCGUAGCACUGCUCUUCACUCUGACACUGGGCCUGCCCGUGCAAACAGACGAGCUGAAGACGGUGCCAAUCAGAAUCACAGUGAUGGAUGAUCUUAGCGCCAUGUUACAGUCGUACCACACCUCUGUGCGUGAGGGAGGGGUGCUGUACGGGGCAUUAAGGAGAUUGGAAGACAGCAAAAGCGGAUUCAAGUUCACGGUGACGGUGGACCCUGAACUUUGGACUGUUUUUGGAGAGUGUGAAUGGAGUGGCAGGUUCGAAUAUUAAACACACGUACUGGCAGAUUCUCUCUGAGCACGAUGGUACUGUCACCGUGCUGGACGUGGGUGUUGGCUGCUAUCAACCCAAAACAGAUGAGCAUAUCAUCCUGAAGUACACCACUUGGUCCAAAGACUCUCACUAAUGGCUCAAUCAUAUGAGAUGUUCAAAUCAAUACACUUCCCCAGCAAACACAAUCGUUUGGUUAUUUCUGCUGUUUCUCUAAAACAGAUGUAAGAUGUCCAAGAGACUAAAUAAAGAGCAAUCUUCACCA